GGCGGGGUCGACCCCCCCGCCCCGACACGCCCUUGCAUCUCUAUGUGCCAGGAUCGUCAGCAUUUCGUUUCUUUGCAAUUUUGCAUCACACGAUCGGUACAUGGGAAAAACACCAGUGGCGAUGGGGACAAACCCGGCCAUGCCUUCCGCCAAUCAAGUGGCGUUAUUCGAAGGAUCGUGCCACGGGCGGUGGCCCCGAGCACCACAUGGUCCACGCGGCGAGGAGGAGGAGGUCGUGGCGAUCGCGACAGCGAGCUCGUGCAUGUGACUCAUCUCUGAAAGCACCUACUUGCGUGGAGACGUGAUGCUGUGAUGGCGCCCGUCCGACUACGGUGCUUGCGCUGAUAAAGCCGUCAAGAAUGAAGCGGACUGUCUACGCCGAGGAUGGCCACGAGGGCCGGUCAUCGUUGCAGCACGAGCGACAUUUUAUCAUCAAGUUGGUGUGCCCCGAAUCUCGAGCGCCCUUUCUUGAUUUCGACAUUCUCGAUUCAUCCGUGCACAUCGAGUCGCAUGAAGCGACACACCCCCACAAUGCGACGCCUGUCGUCGUCGACACGAUUUCCUCCAUGCCAUUUGACCGCUGACGAAGAAGCUCAGUACGGCGCUUUGAGCCAAAAGCUCCUCGGGCGUGCGAUUGCUGAAUGCGAGACCACGCUGAGCGAUAUGGGCACCCACUGGAAGUGUGUGCGAACGGUGCCAGUCGCAUCAAGCAGUCUCAAGGUGUACAAAUCGACCCACCCACCGCAGUCCCUGCAUUCAACGGGUGCGGCUCAAGUCAUGGCGACAGGUAUUAUCUCGGGGACAAUGGAAGACGUGAUGACAUGCCUGUGUGCCGACAACAGCUUUGCAUUCCGCAUGAACUCAGCGCUCCUCAUGCCCAAGGAGCACGUGGAUUGCGAAGUUCUCCACGCGAUUCUCGAGUCUAGUAUGUCUCCAACUAGUACAUCGAGUACUACUAGUGACAAGUACCGCUUCCUCGGGUUGAAAUGGGCGGCGACGAAAUGGCCAUCGCUGACCAAGCACCGCGACAUGUGCUACAUGGAGUCCGCGGGCGUCACCCGUACCACUGAUGCACAAGGACAUGUCGUGGAGUACGGGUACUGCCUCAUGGAGUCCAUUGACUUGCCGGCGAUCUGUCCCCCGCUCGACCAAUUCUCGAUCAAGCGCAUCAAGGUGUCAUUGCGCCAUGUCUUUCGAACCCUGCCCAUCGGGUGCACAUUGGUCAUGUCCCACUGCUCCAUCGACCUGGGAAGUCAAUCGUCUCCGUCGUCGAUAUGGUUGCCUCCAGACUUGACAACGUUCCCGCAACUUGUGAGCAUCGCAGGCGCUGCCGACGUGGCGGCCUCCAUUCGCCUCUCGAACGCGCUACUUCUUCACACGACCUCUUCCGACACAUCCUCAACAUGGAACGUACCUGAGUUCCUUCGAAAAGCCCCACGAACGUGCGCGCUGUGCCUCGCCAAGAUGGACCGCCUGGAGAAACACCGUGUCGUUCACUUGGUGGGGGCUUCCGGGAUAAAGAUCGUGAGUCGAUUUUUCUGUCCGUCGUGCAAGAAUGCACCCGUCGCGUCCCCGCUCGACCUCAUGCCAUCGACGCCACGGACGUGUCCUGGAGUCGAACGGUCGCGUCCAGCACCAACGGCGCCAUUGCCACCUUUCUCGACCCAGUUGAAACAGAAACUUGCAGCACGCGGGCCCGAACACGCGAUUCCUCUGGAUAUGAACGCCGUACCAUCGACUCCUCGAGUUCGUCCCCAUAUUUCUGACGUUGCUCGAUCAAGCGUUGCCGGCAACGUUGACAUGACGUUUUUGGAUCAAUUGGUCCGAUUGUCGCAGUUGGAUGUGCUGUCCCAUCACGAUCAGUUUUCGAUGUGGCGCAGCAGCGACUUGUCCGUGGAUGAAUUGGAGUUCUCAAGCCGAGCCGCUGGCGAAAACGCCAAAGCCACUUUUUCUGCGGCGCAAGCCAACAACACGUGCUCAAGCGGGUCGACUGUGCCAACCUCCAUCGCGUCGAAGCUGCAUUUGCCAAUCCUCGACUUUGAUGACGAGGACGACGACGACGACGAUGCAGAGAGCGUUUAUAGCGCCCUCGAUAUCAGCGUCCGCGAGUUGGUGCCGGUCAGUCCCCCGCCAACGUCGCCGCCCUCUUCACAAACCACAUGCUCACGGUCACAGGAGCAGCCCGCCGCCGCGUACCAUCCAGUUGCCCACAAACUCAUGCAGCUGAAUAUUCAAAUGCAACACACGAUGAAUGUUCUCCGACAGAACCAAAGCCGCGCGGACUUGUUGCAGCGAGACUUGGAGUAUGCGGCGUAGGUACACCGCGUCCUUCGGUUCGUUAGUUUCAAGUCUUCUAAAGUAUGAUCCCUUAUUUUGCACGACGAGUUUACGUAAGUUGAUGUAAGUGACUCGAAUCGCAACGCCC